AUGCCCCGCUUCAACGUCUACCCGCAGGCCUCCCGCCUCUCCGGGGAGUGCUCGCCCGAGGUGAGCGUGGUGGCGCCUUCCAUGCCUGUGCCCGCGUCCAUCGACCUCAACGCCACACCUGUGGCCGGUGGCUCGUCAUCCGAAGGCGCGAGGAAACGCACACGUCAGAUGCCAGCCGACGUGCUGCCGGCCGCACGCAACCUCUUGGACGGAAUGUCGGCCGCCAGCGACAAGGACUACAUGCAGAACCUGAUCUUCGAGGGUGGUGCACCGGCCGCUGGCUACGAUCCCAACGAGACACAAAGCCAGGACGGCCGAGGGGUGUUCACGCCGUCCGCUAGCUAUGAUCCUGAUCAUGCGGCCUUCAUGCGCGAUCAGGUCGGCAUGGACCUGGACGGCUUCUCACUUGACCACGAGUUCCCGAAGGACUAUGGGCAAGAGGAGGAGGACGAGUGCCACAUCGAAGGGGAGCCUUUGUUCGAGGACGAGCUCGCCAACUAA